CUUGGCUGUUCAGAGUGAUCUUUCCAUGCCUGACUGCUUGGCUCUGGUUCAAAAGCUCUGCUAUAUGUGUGUGUCCUUGUAAGGGUCCCGACUAGACGAGAAUCAACAAGCUCAACAGAGAGCAGCGUCGGACAUGAGGCAUUUACUGAGUAUUUCCCGGCUAGCCUCACGGGCUUUCAGCACAACAGUCCGCCAAAUGAAAAACAAGGUGCCUGAGAGACAGAAGGUUUUCCUGGAGGAUAACGGUCUGCCAGUCCACAUUAAAGGAGGCACCACUGAUGUGCUUCUGUACCGUUUGACCAUGACCAUCACAAUAGUAGGCGCUGGCUUUUCCUGCUACUGGUUGCUGGUGGCAUCUAUGCCCAAGAGUAAAGCAUAAUAACUUGGAUACUGCAUGAUGCUGUACACAUCUAUUUCAUUUUAAAUAUCUUAAACAAUAAAACACAUAUAAGAAAGAGGAA